GUUGAUUUGGCUUGACCGCCUGUUACUUCCCCCCGAAACUCCUGAUAGACCUACCUUAAUCUGCACUUCAUACCACGCUUUCCCCCCGAUUACACGUCUCGUUUCCUCUCGAAUCGAGCCUCGCGACUCACCACCCUUCGUUAUACAGGCACCAAAAUGCGUGAAGUCAUCUCCCUCAACGUGGGACAGGCAGGUUGCCAGAUCGCAAACUCAUGCUGGGAGUUGUAUUGUCUUGAGCAUGGCAUCCAGCCGGACGGGUAUCUUACUGAAGAGCGGAAGAAUCAGCCUGACAGCGAUGAGGGCUUCUCAACCUUCUUCUCCGAGACUGGCCAAGGAAAAUAUGUUCCCCGCACCAUCUACUGCGAUCUUGAACCAAAUGUCGUCGAUGAGGUUCGUACUGGCACCUAUCGCAGCCUGUUCCAUCCCGAACAAAUGAUCACUGGCAAGGAGGAUGCAUCUAACAACUACGCCCGCGGCCAUUACACUGUCGGCAAGGAGCUCAUCGAUCAGGUUUUGGACAAGGUCCGCCGUGUCGCGGACAGCUGCUCUGGCCUGCAGGGCUUUCUGGUGUUUCACUCCUUUGGCGGUGGUACAGGAUCUGGCUUUGGCGCUCUGCUGAUGGAGCGUUUGUCUGUCGACUACGGCAAGAAGUGUAAGCUCGAGUUCUGCGUCUAUCCAGCUCCGCAGGUUGCCACCUCGGUCGUUGAACCAUACAACUCGAUUCUUACCACGCAUACUACUCUUGAACACUCCGACUGCAGCUUCAUGGUCGAUAAUGAAGCCAUCUACGAUAUUUGCCGUCGUAAUCUGGGCAUUGAGCGUCCUAACUAUGAAAACUUGAACCGCCUGAUCGCUCAAGUGGUCUCGUCCAUUACCGCUUCUCUGCGCUUCGACGGCUCCCUUAACGUCGAUUUGAACGAAUUCCAGACCAACCUCGUCCCGUAUCCACGCAUCCACUUCCCUCUCGUUGCUUACGCGCCCGUUGUUUCAGCCGCCAAAGCUGCCCAUGAGUCAAAUUCCGUUCAGGAGAUCUCCAUGUCCUGUUUCGAACCAAACAAUCAGAUGGUCAAAUGCGAUCCACGCAACGGGAAGUACAUGGCUACGUGUUUGCUGUACCGUGGCGAUGUUGUGCCAAAGGAUGUCCAUGCCGCUGUAGCCACACUCAAGACCAAGCGUACGAUCCAAUUUGUUGAUUGGUGCCCUACUGGUUUCAAGAUCGGCAUCUGCUUUCAGCCGCCUCAGAUGGUGCCUAACGGUGACCUUGCAAAGGUCAACCGUGCCGUCUGCAUGUUGUCAAACACCACGGCUAUCGCAGAAGCUUGGUCUGCCCUUUCGCACAAAUUCGACCUCAUGUACUCUAAGCGCGCUUUCGUCCACUGGUAUGUUGGUGAGGGUAUGGAGGAAGGAGAGUUCAGCGAAGCCCGAGAGGACUUGGCCGCGCUCGAGCGCGAUUACGAGGAGGUCGCCGCGGACUCUUUGGAGGGCGAAGAAGAUGCCGCUGCCGAGUAUUGAGAUUGUUGGUCACGAAUGGUGGCCAUCGCCGUCUUGAUCCGUGCAGUGUAGGAGACGAGUUCCCUGUUCCCGGCUGAAUCUAAAGAGACAGUCCGCUUUCGGUGGUGUAACUUCAGGUGAUUAGUAAGAAGACUGAACAGAAUAUGUCCUAAUUCGGGUGUGAUGUCUCAUGCAUGGUUUCUUCACUCUCGUAUCUCGCAUUGUGUACUUCAUAAACGUGCCUUUUCGAUUCUAGCCAAAGGAGUUCAACUCUCAACAGUUGCGCUGAUGCUGCUGUAAUGCACACGUCUUCUCUUCCACGCCUUCAUAAUCGCGAAAGAGGUGAAUUGCGUUGAAGACGUGGCUUGAG